AUGAGUUUUGUAUGGUACAGCGGCAUCGUGUUUGUCGCCGUACUGACGGCGGCCCUCGUCCGUCGGGCGUCUUGUCGUGCACCCCCCUCACCUCUAGUUACGGGAAAGAAGAACACGGUACUAUUCCUCACCGAUUGCGCCCACGGCCUGUCUAAAGUCCACGUCGCGACGACACUCGCUUUGCUUCAGAAAUAUCCCUCGGUCGACAUUCACUAUGCAUCCUUUCCGAUGCUCAAAGGCGAACUCCAGCGCGUCUCCGACGCGGCGAAUUCUAAAAGUGCAGAGGCGAGACCGAUACAGUGGCACGAACUACGUGGGCCUAGCUUUAUCCAGGCAGCUAUGCGAACCUGGGGCGAUGCCACUGGGUUGAUCGCGCCGCCGGGCAUCGCGGGGAGCGAGAAGCUUCUGCGGGACUUCGAGCUUGUCGCUUCACCGUGGACUGCGGACGAGCUCUGGGAUCUAUAUUGCCAGAUGCAAGAGCUGAUCGAGCAGAUUGAUCCGGCGGUCGUUGUCCUGGAUAGCAUGCUGCGUCCUGCCAUGGACGUCUCGCGCAGCUUGAACAGGACAAGAGUGGUCCUGUCGCCCAAUGCGCUGACCGACGUGCUGGCCGGGAUGCAGCCUUGGGGAGCGCCGUUCUGGAAGUACCCGGCCCUGGGCUCCGGGUUCCCCUUUCCGCUUCCGUGGCGGCUGGUCCUAGCGAAUAUGUAUCUCCAGCUUCGUCUCAUAUACGGCGUCGUCUUUUCGCCUGCCCUCGCUGCAAAGCGCAGGUUCCUAUCCGACAAGGGAGUUCGCGAUCCCAUGCCACUCGUGGACGUGAAAUUCCCCGAAGCCCCAUGGAUAUCCAUGGCUUUCCCCGAGGCCGGGCUUCCCUUGGACUUUAUCCCAUCGCACGUCAUGCCUGUCGGUCCUAUCGUCCUCGACGUUGCAACGGCCGACAAGCAAGACGAGGAACUCGCCUCGUGGUUGAAGAGGGCGCCGACGGUGCUGGUCAACCUUGGGAGCGCGGUCGAGUACGACGAGCGCAUGGCGCGAGAGAUGGCAGGUGCGCUGGCGACUGUGCUGGAAUCUACCAACACCCAAGUGCUCUGGAAGCUUCAAAAGGCGUGCGAGUUCUCUGAUGGUGCCCUCGAGCCGGUAGAGGAGCAUAUAAAGAGUGGACGGCUGCGAAUCGAGAGCUGGCUGGACGUGGACCCCGUUUCGUUGUUGCAAACCGGCGACAUCAUUCUCUCCGUCCAUCACGGCGGCGCAAACUGCUACCACGAAGCCAUCCUCAGCACCGGCGUACCCCAGGUUAUCCUGCCCUUGUGGGUAGACUUGUACAACUUUGCGCAAAUCGCGGAAUAUCUCGGUGUUGGCAUCUGGCCGGGGAAAGACACGGCUCCGAUGUGGUACGCGGAAGUGCUGAGCGACGGGUUCGUGCGGGCUUUGACUGGGGAGAGCAGCGUGGCCAUGAAGAAGAGGGCCAGAGAGCUGGAAGCGGUUGCGCGACGAUACGGAGAGGUUGCUGGUCAUACAUGA